AUGAAGCACUCUCAUAAAAGCCAUUCCAGCCAUCACAAUGCUUCAUCUUUAUCACAUACAACACGUAAUUCAUCGCAUUCAACAUCACAGACGCGUUCAACAAAGAAACCAUGGCCACAACCGCAAUAUCCCAUUGGCUCACCGAAUAGAGCAGCGCAAAUGGGUUUUCCUCUGAGAUUGUCAAAUGGUUCUCCACUUUACACAAGUCAAAUUCAGAAUUCCGUCGAUCAACGGUCAACAAUGACACAUUCUGAGCCAAGAUCACAGAUAAAAUUCCCUCCUAAGGGUCCCUGGCCGCAAGCCAAAUAUCCGCUUGGCUCACCAAACAGAUACUCACAGAUGGGAACCCCAACAAAAUUUGAUUCUUCGCAAUAUCUCUUAGAUAGCAGAACAUUCGAACCAAUACAAAAUUCUGUUAACAGAUCUCGUAGCCAAAACUCAAAAUCUAGAGCUUAUUCUUACGAAGAAGAAGAAUAUUACGAAGAACCACAAAAUUCUCGAGUUUCUACAAAACAAUUCGAACCACCACAACCACAUAAAUACUCCUAUCUCAAUAAUCCUGAUCAAAAACGAUUAAAUAAUAAAAUUUCCAAAAUAUUAAAUACUCAAUUGGACGAAGAAACAGAUUCUGUUUUCGGAUCAGAUCAGAUCGCACCUCCUACACGUUACAAUCAUAAUAAAUACGUUGAUUUGGGCUUAGAUAGCGACCAAAACCCAGAUUUACCACAAGAAAAGCCAAAAGUGGUCAGACAGCGAUCAGUUCCUUCAGAAAGGAAACAUUCGUCAAGACACCACUCUUCACACCGCAGAUCUAAGCCAAAAGACAUCAUAACUGAAUCAGAAGCUUCAGAAGUUGCCGCAGAUAUACAAAACAGACUUUCUGUCAUCAAAGAUCAUCUCGAUUACUGCAUUGGAGUUUCCCAAAACGUUUUUCAACCAAUUGAAGAAGAUUAUCAAAAUUAUUCUCAGAAUUUAUCGCCACAAUUAAGAAGUAGAAUGCCAAAGUCAAGAGCUAUUGAACUCGCUCAAGAUGAGAAGCUCAAGAAGGCCGCACAAAGAGUUUUGAACGAUAAAUCUGACUUAGAUGAAAAUGAAGAGGAAGAAAUUAAACCAAAACCACAGAAACCAGCUCCAAAGGCAUCAAGACAAACAUCCCAAUCAAAGAAACAACAAAGUCCUGCACAAAAACCAGAAGAAAGACAAAUUCCAAAAGAAACUUUUCAGAAACAGCCAAAUCAACCACCAAAGCAACCAAUACAAGAAGAAAUCAAGCAAGAAAAGCCAAAACAGCCACAAUAUGCUGUAGAAAACGUUGAAGAAGAAGAUAUCAACGAAGAAGAACUUCCUGAGUCACUUUCUGAUGAAGAACUCCAUCAGAUUGAAGAUGUUGUUGACGCAGGAGGCAAAAACAACCUCAAAGAUGAUAUUAAUGAAUCAGAUUUUGAUUCUCCAAUUCCUCCACCUACUCCAACAGAUCCUAUUGGUUCUCCAGCUAUUAAGAAUCCUUCUCCAAGAAUUCGAAACUCUCCAAAUAAGAGUUUCCACGAUUCUGAUUCUGAUUCUGACCUUUUACCACUUUUCGUGCCUCCUGUUGCCGAUGAGUUUGAGCCACAGCCAAUAUCUGUUCUUUUAGCCCGUGCAAAACUCGAAAGCGACGAAUCUGAUAUUGAUGUUGACGAAAUUAUGAGAAAAGUCAACAAUUCAGAGUUCGAAAAUGACAAACUUCCAAAGACAGCCAAUCUCAGCUCUCUCAAUCUCAUUGGAUUGAAUUCUUUCAAGGUUGAUGACGAUGAUGAUAUUUUAAUGCACGGAAACAUCUCAUUAAGCGAACAACAGCCAUCGUCAGGACAUGCAAGUCCAUUCCCGAAGACAAAGAUGUUUUCUUUCCAUCAAAAUACCGAAAUUUCUGCAAAUCUUGAAGAAGAAGAGGAAGAAGAGGACGAUGACGAGUUCGCACAGCUCUUAUCUCAGAAGAGAGAUGCAGGACUUAAGUCUCCUGUCGCAGAAGAAGAGUCAGAACCAGAAAUAGGAUUUUCUCCAAUUAAAACCCCUCCAAUUUCAGACGAAUCCCUUAUAAAAAGACUCGAAAAGAAAGUUGAAGAAGUAAUUGAGGAAGAAGAUGAAGAAAAUCCACCAGAAAACGAAAAUGAAAAUAAUAAUUUCCAAGAAAACGAUGAAAAUGACGAGGAUGAUGAAGAUUUCAAGAAUUUAAAGGAUGAUGACCAAGAAAAGAACCAAGAAGUUGAUAACGAAGGCUGGGGACAACCAGAAGAAGAAGAUCAACCAUUUACAGAAGAACUCAACCAAAAAAUCAAACAAAUAAUGAGUUUCUCAGACGCUGAUGAUGAAAAACCAAAAGAAGAAGCAGUAAUCGAAACCCCAAAUGAAGAUCCAAUUGAUUCUCAAAAAGAAGAAGUUCCAUCAACAACAGAAAAUGAAACAAAACCAGAACCAGUUGUUGAACAGAAAGAAGAAGUUCCUCCAACAACAGAAAAAAUAGAAGAACAAAUACCUCAAAAGGAGGAAGUUCCCUCGACGAUGGAAACCGAAAAAGUGACAGAAAAUAUUGAAACACCAGAACCAAUUGAAGAAAAGAAAGAGGAAGUUCCCUCAACGAUAGAACCCGAAAAAGUACCCGAGAAUGAUGAAACAACUCCAAAGGAAAGAGAUGUAAAAUUAGACCAAGAAAUUCCGGUAGAACAAGUUUCAACACCUGAUGAUAACAAAGUUGGAGAGAAUUCGAUAAAUGUUGGCGAUAGUAUUGUUUUUACUGCACCUCCAGAUGAAGAAGAGGAUGAGAACUUAGUUGAUGACCUUGAUGACUUACUUGGAAAGGUAGGUGUUGGUGCAAAUGAGGGAAUUCCAUCUGAUGAUGAUAUUUAA